CGGAGACCUGACGAGUCAUAGCUCGCUCUGCACCAGCCGAGGAAGGCGCAAAUGCUGAGACGUCUCUGCUGUUGCAGUUGCCACCGAAGGAGAGGAGACUAGGCAAGCCUGGGUGAAUGUUGGCCGGGUUAAGAUCCACGGCAGGAUGGCGUCCACGGGCACGCAGAUCUUUGCCUUCGUGCUGGCACUGCUAGGCAUCCUGGGUGCCACGGUGGCCACAUUACUGCCCAACUGGAAGGUGAGCGCGGACGUUGGCUCCAACAUCAUUACUGCCAUCUCUCAAAUGCAGGGGCUGUGGAUGGACUGCACCUGGUACAGCACGGGCAUGUUCAGCUGUACGUUGAAAUACUCUGUGCUGGCGCUGCCCGCGUACCUGCAGACGGCACGCACCACUAUGGUGCUUUCCUGUGUGUUGGCGGCGCUGGGAUUGUGUUUGGCCUCACUGGGUCUGAAGUGCACUCGCUGGGGUGGGGGAUGGCGCGCUAAACGCCACGCCGCCAUGGCGGCCGGAUCCUGCUUCGUGGCCUCCGGCUUCCUUUGCCUUGUGCCUGCCUCCUGGUACACAAAUGAGGUCAUUGUCAGCUUCCUCGAUGCCAACGUGCCCGAGAGCAACAAGUUUGAGCCGGGCGGUGCCGUCUACGUAGCCUUCAUCUCAUCUGGUUUCCUCUUCGUGGGUGGAUCCAUUUUCUGUUUCUCUUGCUCGGGUAAGCGGCAUGGCCCCCAGGAUUUGAUACUGCUCCCUCCAGACAAACUCCUCUUGCAGCAGCAACAGCAACUACUGCAACAACAGCAACAACAGGACCAGCUCCAGCACCAGUACUGCUCUCUCUCACCUCUGGAUAAUAAGACUGGCUACAGCCUGCAGGACUACGUAUAACGGGAAACCAGUGGAGGAGCUGGACAUGUGCUACGCACUGCCACUCAACUCCUCUGGCUCUCGCGAUUACGAGACGACAGGGCGAGAAGGAUGACUUUGAAGUCUUUCCCACCAACAAUCCCUCUCUCCCCUUUAGAGAUCAUCAAGCACAAGUGGUGGAGGCAUUCCCCCAAGUGACGUCUUGGAACAGACGGAUUGUGAAUUGUGAGGGGCAAGUGGGAGCAACACUGCAGUGUGCAGGCGAUAAAUAAAUGCACAUAUCCAGCAUCUUCAUAAAUCUUAUUAAAGUGUUCCUCUGGGAACGGAUUAGUAACAAGGGAAUGUUUCUGCUACUUAACCCCCCCCCCCCCACCCUCCCCUCCUCUUUCACAGAGAUUGAACUUGGAGGCAAUCGCUUGGUAACCUCUGUUCAAAGUAAGAUGGCAAU